AUGGGUGUACAAAAAACUUUUGAAUUGACAGCCAAAGAACUUGGUCAGGGAGAACCGUUGUUUUCUUGGGACACGAGUAGUUCACACCUUGCAGUCUAUGGUCCAAAUGGGAAGUUACGGAUACUUUCGUCUAAUGGGAAAACAUUAAACACUUUCUCCCUUCCUGGAGUUGUAAAGCUUGCUUGGGAUAAUACUCAAAGUAUCCUUGCGAUUGUUCAAGAUAAUACAACCAAUGUCAGCUUAUUCUCAGUCGGAAAAAGAGAGUUAGAAACGGUUGAUUCUGGUCUGCAAGGAUUAUGUUUUCUGGCAUGGUCUCAUACUGGAUCGCAGCUUGCUGUGGGUAGUACUAAUGGAGCUUUUCUUGUUAUGAACAGUGAAAAGUUUAAAAAAGCUCCUAUUGUUGGAACACACACCAGAAAGAUUAUUGAUGGAAAAUGGACUACAAGUAACCUUCUUGUUAUGAUUGGUGAGGAUAAUAUUCUUUCUGUAUCAGAUGCGGAAGGAGUGCUUCGUCAACAUGUUACCGUAAAGGGUAAACCAUUGUCACUUGUUUUGGUUGAAUCAGUUCCUCGUGAUAUAACACAACAAACAAACAAUACUUUUGCAUUGGUUAAUUAUGGGAAUACACUUGAACGUUACAAUAUUGGGACACUAGAAUCACAUGUUGUGCCAUUUGAAUCCAAGCUUGGAAAUAUAACGGUAUGCAAAUGUUUUUCAGAUGGAUUAAUGUGUGUAGGUUUUAUGUCUGGAGCCAUUGCCCUUGCAUCUGUCUCUGAUACUGGUGUAAAGGUGUAUGCGUUAUCACGUCCUUUUAAAGAAGAUGUUAGAGAUUUGGCCUGUAGUGUGGGUUCAGGAGUAUGUGCUGCUGUUGGUGAUAACCUUCUAAAGUUCUUUACCUUUGCCGAUAAACGAGUUACGGAAAUAAAAUCAGAUGCAGUGGAAUUGGAAGGUGCGUUUGGAAAUAUGCGGGGGGUGCAGUGGAGCAAAGAUGGGUCAAACGUCACUGUUACAACAAAUCGAGGUCAAUUGUCAAGUUAUAAAUUAAAUAUGUCUGCUGUAAGUUGUACUCAAGGUGCUUAUAUAUAUUUUUUGACAUCUACACGAACGAUUUCAUCAAAAAAUUUACAGGAUGGACGUAUAGUAUAUACAGUUUCAGUUGAUAUUGAUCCUACUAUGAUUGCUGCUACACGAAGUAUUUUGGCAGUUUGUGCAAAAAACAAAGUUAUCUAUUACUCUAUUGAGGGAAAUAACGCUACUGUUAUUGAUACUGUUGAUUAUCCUUCUACUGUUUCAGCACUGGCGGUGUCUUCUAAACAUGCUGCAGCGUUGUAUGAUGAGAAGGUUCAACUUCAUGAAAUACGUGGUGGUGGUGGUAAUUCUGUUACACUUCCUGAAAAUAGAAGUGCGAAUGUUAUUUCUAUAGGUAUGAGUGAGAAUCUUCUUAUAUAUGCUACUCCAGAAAAAGUAUGUGUUAUAAACCUUGCAGAUUAUCAAUGUGUUGUAGAACAUGCACCAUCAACAGGAAUUAAAAAAAUGGUACCUAAUCCUAGUUGUUCCCGUAUUGCUUUAAUAGGUAAAAAUGAUACCUUGUAUAUAUUUAAUCCUGUAACACUUGUUUUUACCCAAACUGAGGGUUUUGAAGUAGAACACAAAAAUAUUAUGUGGGAUCAAGGUGAUUAUGGUGCUUUGGUAUCAUUUGAUAAUAGAACCAUUGUUACUUAUGUCUAUUCACCCCAUAGUCGUUAUGGACCAACGGCUGAAUCGGUUGUUAUAAAAGAUACCAAUACAGACAAUCUCUUUACCCCUAUUCCUACAGGUUAUACACCUGUAUCCCUCUUUAAGGGUAUUAUGACAUUUCAAACAUCAAGUGGCUCGCUUGACACUGUUACUCUUAAAUCACACAAUCAAGCUAUGGCUCGUAACCCCAAUCCUGAAGCUUUUUAUAAUAAUUUUUCGCUAAAUCAUUUGCGAUGGGCUUCACAAAAUAUAUCAACCCCACAAGAAGCAGAAGAUUUAGCGGUAAAAGCCUUACAUAUGCUAGAUAUUGAACUUGCAAUUAGACUUUAUCGUCAACUUUCACAGCCAAGUCUUGUAAUGUGUCUAGAGAAUAUUAAACAUAUUAAUGAGAAGAAUCUCCUUAUUGGUCAUGUAUCUAUGAUUAUGGGUUUUUUUAAGGAUGCUCAAAGUUUCUUUUUACGUUCCUCGCAACCACUUUGCGCAUUACAAAUGCGUCAUGAUUUAAUGCAAUGGGAACCUGCUCUUGCUCUUGCAAAACAAAUGGCUCCUGAAAAAGUACCUCUUCUUUCAAAAGAGUACGCUCAACAACUGGAGUAUUUGGGUGAAUAUGCAAAAGCGUUAGAAAUGUUUAAAGCAGGUGAACGCACUAUGCCAACAGGUCACGCCAGUACUGAACUUUCAGCAGCUCAAGAAGAUGUUAAGCGUCAUAAUGCUAUUUGUUCUCAAGGAGCAGCACGUUGUUUACUUCGAACUGGAAGUAUUAGAGAAGGUGUAAAAUUAGCCUUAGAUUCUAAUGAUAAAACUUUUAUGAGAGAAUGUGCUGAAAUAUUGGAAUCUAUUCGACAAUAUGAAGAAGCCGCUCAUCUUUAUGAAAAGGCAUUAGAUUUUGAACGUGCUGCUACUUUAUAUAUUGUAGAAGCAAAGAACCUAAAGGCAGCAAAUCGUGUUAUUCCUAAAAUUACAUCUCGUAAUAUUAUUGGAAUGUUUGCCAAGGCUAAAGAAAAUGAAGGGGCAUUCAAAGAAGCUGAAAAAGCAUAUAUGCAAGCAGAAGAUUGGGAUAAUGUAGUACGUCUAAAAGUGGAAAAACUAAAUGAUUUACAUGGUGCAUAUAUGAUUGUACGUCAAACAAGAUCAUCAGCUGCUGCAACUGUGGUGGCUAAUAUGUGCAAAAAACGAAAUGAAUUUAGUGCAGCUGUAGAAUUUUUUGUUAUGGCGAAGAGUUUUCCGGAGGCUUUUGAAUUAGCGAAGGAAAAAAAUUGUAUGUCAACUCUUGAAAGUGCUUUAUUAAACCAGGUUCAACUGACAGAUGGUGUUGCACCUCCUUCUAACCAGCUUGAGUUUGCAAUGAUUGCUCAAUACUAUGAACAAAACAAUAAACCAGGUCAGGCUGGAUUGUUUUAUCACAUUGCAGGUAAUUUCCCAUUGGCAUUAAAAAAUUAUUUGGAAGCUGGUGAACCAGAAGAUAUUGAAAAAGCUAUUCAAGUUGUUGGUAAAUCACGAAGUGAUGCACUUACGAAUAAGCUUAUAGAUUAUCUUAUGGGUGAAAGUGAUGGAGAACCUAAAGAACCUUCCUAUAUCUUUAAACUUUAUAUGGCCUUGGGAAGUUAUGAGAAGGCGGCAAAAACGUCAGUACUUAUAGCUACUAAAGAACAAGAAAUGGGUAGCUACCUUGUUGCACACAAGACACUUGUGGAAGCAUGUCGUAUAUUAAGAGAAAAGAAAAUGCGUGUACCGAAUGAUUUACGUCGUUCUCUUAUGUUACUUCAUUCUUACAUUAUUGUGAAACACCUUAUUAAACCAAUGGGAGAUGAUGAGACAGCUUCUCGUAUGCUUCUUCGAGUAGUAAGAAAUAUUCAGAAAUUUCCACGUCAUAUUCCGGCAAUUUACACUUCGACUGCAAUACAAUGUUUGAAAAGUGGAUUUAAAAAAUCUGCCUUUGAAAUCGCUUGUAUUAUUAUUCAGAAUGGUAAAUAUCGAACAGAGUUAGAUGAUAAAAAUCGCAAAAAAAUUGAGGGAAUUGUUCGAAGAAGAGGUAAGGAAGAAAUGGAUGAUCCUGUAGAAAAGAGCACACCAUGUCCUUUUUGUGAUUCUCAAGUUCCAGAAACAGAACUGGAUUGUGGUGCCUGUAAAAACACUUUGCCUUUUUGUAUUGUUACUGGUAAACACAUGCUGAAGGAUGAUUAUUCGGAGUGUCCCAUUUGCCACUUUCCUGCGUUGUACUCUUCCUUCAUGUCGUUACUCAGACAUUCCCAAAUUUGUCCUAUGUGUGAGAGUGUUAUUGAUUUGAACAAAGUCCAAAAACAAAGUGAUCCAGAUUUGAAAUCCUAUAUUGCAUAG